AUGGACGAGAUACAGAAGAUUGUAUACGAGAUCACGGAUCGAUGCCGUCGGCAGAAGAUCCUUGCGAACGAGAUGCUUGCUGCCUUCGUGGCCAAGGCGAUCAUCUUAGAAAGUCCAGAGAGGUUCCAACUGGACAAGAACCUGAGCGCAGACGACAUCGAAGAGCUAGUCUCCCUCUCCGUGAGGAGGCUCGCCAAGGAGGACGACCCCUCUCUCGAGACCCUCCGCCUGCAAGUGAGCUUCGACUCGAGCUACGUGGAGAAGCAAGACGAGCUGGAGAAGGAGCGAGCGGACUCCAAGAGGAAGUACACCGUCAUCGAGCAGAGCAUCUGUGCCGUAAAGUUGCAGCAUGCCAAGGACGUGGCGACCAUGGGCCAGCUACACAAGCUCAUCAUCGCUGCGCUGCUCACCAAGACAGGGCAGGACCCGCAGAGCGAAGUCUACCAGAAGGAGGUAGCGGCAGCGCUCGAGAGCGUCCUGCCUCGAGCCAACUUGCACGCGUUCUCGAGCCUACCGUAUGCAGAUAAGCGGGAGAGGAUGGAGGACCUGUUCAACUACGUGCUGGGCAUCCGCCUGUUCAACAAGUCGAUCGGGAAGGGAGGAGUCGACCUGCCCGACAAAGUCUCCGAGUCCCACACGAGGAUAGAGGACUUGUUCCACAGGGUUGACGCGGAGCUCGAGGAAGCAAGAGCGGUGGUGGAGGAGUACGCCAUGGCGAUUGAGAUGAUGCAGAGAGCGGAGGCUAGUGCGGACGAGACGCUCGUUGCCUCCUUGAAGCGAGUGCAGGAUGAGCUGACCAACAGAAGGCAGUACCUGAACUUCCUGGAGAGCUUCGAGGAGGAGCUCUUGAGCUUGCGCGACCGGUCCAAAGACCUGAAGCGGCAGCACGACGGGAACAUGGAGGACCUGAGGGAGCUGGUGGGGAGAAAGACGGCAGUGCCCAAGGAGAAGGUCUAUCCUCUGUUCGAGAACCUGGCAAAGCUCUGGGUGGAGAGCAAGGAGAUCGACCAACACACGCACGCGCUGCUGGGGAUCUUCGAGGACCUCCUCAAGUUCUCUCAGCCGCGUUACGUAAAGCAGCUGAACGAGGAGCUGGUGGAGCGAAUCACGAGCAAGGCGCAGGGGAAGGGCCAGGCAGGGGAGGAGGCAGUGGGGACGGAGGGCAAGUCAGUGAGCGGAGAGAAGAUCGAGGCAGCGCUAAAUGUCGAGUCCUCGGAAGCGAUUCAUGUGUACCGGUCAGACAACCCCGAGAUCGCAAACCUCGUCGUUAACUUCGGAGGCUUCUGCCCAGUCACGAUCGUCGAGAGGAACAACUUGCUGCUUCCCGGCAACCCAUCGCUGGGAUACGUCCUGUACAAGUACGACUGGAACGAGUGGUCCCUCCGCCGCAAGGCAUUGCAGCUUGCAAACCUGCACACCAAGAAGACCUGCUCCACUCAGACGAACAUGUCUCACUUUAGACGCGAAAACGAGACUCAGGUUUAUUUGCCCAAGUCUGGCGUGACACAAACAGCAAGAGAAAGAGGGACCAAGCCCGUCAAACAUCUCCAGUACAUCUCUGGUCUGCGAGGACAUCCUGACCAGGAGAUGAAAGUUGUCAAAGUGGAGGUUGACUUCCAGUAG